UCGGAGGGCGGGCCCCCGGCGCCAUUUUGGUUUUGUUGAGUCAGGUUCGCGGGUGGAAGAGGGACGCCAAGAGAAAGAGAGAGAAAAGAGGGCCCGGAGCCCCGCCGUACCGAAUGUCCAGUUCUCCGCUUUCCAAGAAGCGCCGUGUGUCCGUGUCCGCCGCAGAGCCAAAGACUGCUUCCAACUGCUCCUCCAUCAACUCUUUACGGAGUGAAUCCCCGGCAACUCCUGCCAACGGUAUGGCGAAGAAUGGAAGUGAUGCGGAAAUUGACGAGGGACUGUACUCCAGACAACUGUACGUCCUUGGCCAUGAGGCGAUGAAGCGGAUGCAGAACGCCAACAUCCUGAUCUCAGGCAUGCGGGGUCUGGGCCUGGAGAUUGCCAAGAACGUGAUCCUGGGCGGGGUGAAGACCGUGACCAUCCACGACCAGGGUGUGGCGCAGUGGGUAGACCUCUCCUCCCAGUUCUACCUGAGCGAGGCUCAUCUCUCAAAGAACAGGGCUGAGGUUUCACAGCCCAAGCUGGCAGAGCUCAACACCUACGUGCCGGUGACAGCCUACACUGGAGACCUGACCGAGGAGUAUCUGCAGCAGUUCCAGGUGGUGGUGCUCACCAACUCCAGCCUGGGCGAGCAGCUGCGGAUCGGCGAGUUCUGUCACAGCAAGGGGAUCAAGUUCAUCGUGGCUGACACAAAGGGCCUCUGCGGGCAACUGUUCUGUGACUUUGGUGAGGAGAUGAUAGUGUUGGACACCAAUGGUGAGCAGCCUCUGAGUGCCAUGAUCUCAAUGAUCACUAAGGACAAUCCCGGGGUGGUGACCUGCCUGGACGAGGCUCGGCAUGGGUUCCAGACAGGCGACUUUGUUACCUUCACCGAGAUCCAGGGCAUGCAGGAGCUGAACCAGUGUGACCCAGUGGAGAUCAAAGUCCUAGGACCCUACACAUUCAGCAUCUGCGAUACCUCUGGCUUCUCUGACUACGUCCGCGGUGGAAUCGUCACUCAGGUCAAAAUGGCCAAGAAGCUAAAAUUUAAAUCCCUCAAAACCUCGUUGGAAGCACCGGAUAUCCUGAUCACAGACUUCGCCAAGUUCAAUAAUCCCCCGCAGAUGCACCUUGGCUUCCAGGCCCUGCACGAGUUUGUGAAGAAGAACUCUAACUUGCCCCGGCCUUGGCAUCAGGGUGAUGCCGAUGAGCUGCUCAAUCUGACCAAGGGAAUAAACGAGAAGGCGCCGUCCUGCAGCCGCAUGGAGCUGAACGAGGCCCUAAUCAGGAAGAUGUCCUAUGUGGCAGCGGGAGACCUGGCCCCCAUCAAUGCCUUCAUAGGUGGGGUGGCGGCGCAGGAAGUGAUGAAGUCCUGCACUGGCAAGUUCACACCCAUCCAGCAGUGGCUGUACUUCGACUGCCUGGAGUCCCUGCCCGAGGACGACGAGCCCCAGCUCACCCACGAAAACUGCAACUUUAGGAACUGUCGCUACGAUGGGCAGAUUGCAGUGUUCGGUGCAGCCAUGCAGGAGCGACUGUCAAAGCUAAAAUAUUUCCUGGUGGGCGCCGGCGCCAUAGGCUGCGAGCUGCUGAAGAACUUUGCCAUGAUCGGCCUGGCCUGCGGUGAAGGGGGUGAACUCACCGUCACCGACAUGGACACCAUCGAGAAGUCUAACCUCAACCGCCAGUUCCUCUUCAGACCCUGGGAUGUGACGAAAAUGAAGUCUGAGACGGCAGCUGCUGCCGUGAAGCAGAUGAAUCCGAACAUUCGAGUCACGGCACACCAGAACCGCGUUGGACCUGACACUGAGAGGAUCUAUGACGACGACUUUUUCGAAGCUCUGGACGGUGUGGCCAAUGCACUAGACAAUGUCGAUGCCAGAAUGUACAUGGACAGGAGAUGUGUGUACUACCGCAAGCCCCUGUUGGAGUCAGGGACUCUCGGCACCAAGGGCAACGUCCAAGUGGUCAUCCCUUUCCUCACCGAGUCUUACAGCUCCAGCCAAGACCCCCCAGAGAAAUCCAUCCCCAUCUGCACCCUCAAGAACUUCCCCAACGCAAUAGAGCACACCUUGCAGUGGGCUCGUGACGAAUUCGAAGGGCUCUUCAAGCAGCCCGCGGAGAACGUCAAUCAGUACAUACAGGAUUCCAAAUUCAUGGAACGCACAUUGAAGCUGCCCGGAGCUCAGCCCCUGGAGGUGUUGGAAGCUGCUUUCAAAAGCUUAGUGACGGACCGUCCCAAGACCUGGGAGGACUGUGUGACCUGGGCCCGAAACCACUGGCAGAUCCAGUACAACAAUAACAUCCGUCAGCUGCUACACAACUUUCCGCCUGACCAGGUCACAACUUCUGGCACUCCCUUCUGGUCCGGUCCUAAGAGGUGUCCUCACCCACUGGAGUUCGACAUGCACAACGCCCUCCACAUGGAUUAUGUAAUGGCCGCAGCGAACCUCUUCGCCCAGACCUAUGGCAUCAAGGGCUCCCGUGACGUGAGCAGCUUGGCCGAGAUAUUGAAAUCUGUCAAGGUGCCGACUUUCACCCCUAAGUCCGGCGUCAAGAUCCAUGUCUCCGACCAGGACCUCCAGAACUCCAACGCUUCGGUCGAUGACAGCCGUCUCGAGGAGCUGAAGGCCACCCUUCCUUCCCUAGAGGCCCUCUCCACCUUCCGGAUGUAUCCCAUCGAGUUUGAAAAGGAUGACGACACAAACUUCCACAUGGAUUUCAUCGUGGCUGCUUCCAAUCUCCGAGCUGAGAACUAUGACAUUCCACCGGCUGACAGGCACAAGAGCAAGCUCAUCGCCGGCAAGAUCAUCCCAGCCAUCGCCACCACCACGGCGGCCGUGGUGGGACUGGUUUGCUUGGAACUCUACAAGAUCGUCCUGGGCAAGAAGAAGCUGGAGUCCUUCAAGAAUGGCUUCCUCAACCUGGCCCUGCCCUUCUUCGGCUUCUCCGAGCCAAUUGCUGCACCAAAGCACACGUACUACGACAAAGAGUGGACACUGUGGGACCGUUUUGAAGUGACAGGUGUCAAGGGAAAUGGAGAGGAGAUGACCCUCAAGCAGUUCCUGGAUUACUUCAAGAAUGAGCACAAGCUGGAGAUCACGAUGCUGUCGCAGGGAGUCUCAAUGCUCUAUUCCUUCUUCAUGCCUGCUGCCAAGCUUAAGGAGAGGAUUGAGCAGCCGAUGACUGAGAUCGUCACCAAAGUCUCCAAGAAGAAGAUUGGCAAGCACGUGAAGGCGCUGGUCUUCGAGCUGUGCUGUAAUGACGAGAAUGACGAGGACGUGGAGGUCCCCUACGUGCGAUACACCAUGCGCUGAUUGGGCUCUGGGGCAGGGAUGGUCAGGGAGGUUUGCCGGGUCGAGGGUGGUGGGCUGGAAUCCUGAGCAUGAACCCUUCACGCAGCUCCUGAGGUUCGUGGGUGUCCCUCUCCUCCCUUCUUUCACUUCCCCAAAAGCCUGUUC